AUGGGUAAACACAGAGGAAGGAAGCCAACCCGAGGUGGUACUCGUCAACCUCAAAGUCGAGAUGAUAGACAAAGUGAUUGGAACGCAUUUACCGGAACCGACAAGAUCAAUGUUGCCUUUGAAGAGUACUACAAGGCUCAAGAAAUCAUGUCAGAGGGAGAAUGGCCAAGUUUCAUGGAAUCGUUAAGAAAGGAAUUACCGGUCACUUUCAGAGUCACAGGAUCAAGAGCCCAUGCCGAGACGAUCAAUGAUAUAAUCAAAGAAAGCUAUGUACCUAAUAUGCAAAACGUUGAAUUCGAGGGACAGAAAUAUGAUCCUCCUUCUCAAUUACCUUGGUACCCAGGUCAACUUGCUUGGCAAAUCGAAGCUCCUAAGAGGGUAGUGAGAAAAACAGAACCAUUCAAGAAUUUCCAAAGAUUCUUGGUCGGAGAGACUGAAGUUGGAAAUCUUAGUAGACAAGAGGCAGUAUCAAUGAUACCUCCUUUAUUCCUGGAUGUUGAACCUCAUCAUCUUUGUUUAGACAUGUGUGCUGCUCCUGGAUCAAAGACUGCACAAAUUAUCGAGGCACUGAACCCUCACCAUACUACCUCAACGGGUCUCCUCAUUGCCAACGACUCCGAUUACAAGAGAACCCAUAUGUUGGUACAUCAGACCGGACGAAUGCCAAGUAGAGGAUUGAUCGUGACCAACUUCGAUGCUUCCAUGUAUCCUUCGAUCAAACUUAGUGGUGGUAAGACCUUGCAAUUUGACAGGAUCUUAGCAGACGUUCCAUGCAGCGGAGAUGGAACCUUGAGGAAGAAUUUGGAGAUUUGGGGUAAAUGGGGAGCUGCGGAUGGAAACAGUCUUCACAGUUUGCAAUUACGUAUACUAGAAAGAGCGAUGAAUAUGCUUAAACCAGGGGGUCGAUUGGUCUACUCAACAUGUUCUUUCAACCCUUCAGAAGACGAAGCAGUAAUUUCCGCUGCUCUCAAUGCCAGACCUGGCAAAUUCCAUAUCGUUGAUGUAUCCUCUCAACUUCCAGAAUUGAAGCGAAGACAAGGAUUAGCAUCGUGGAAAGUGGGAACUUCCAAGGGAGAGAAAGUGAACUGGUAUGAGACUUUUGAGGAUUACAGAGCUGCUAUAGAGAACGGUGAAGAAAAGGAGAAUGACAGAGGAAAAGGUUUACCUAAAAGCUUGUGGCCACCCACAAAUGCUACGGAAUUGAAUUUGGAGAGAUGUAUGCGUCUUCUUCCUCACGAUCAAAAUACUGGUGGAUUCUUCGUUUGCGUAUUGGAAAAAGCAGGAUCUUCGUCUUCAACGAACAAUGCGGAGGAAGCUACUACUUCCUCGCUCAAGCGAUCCGCGACUUCACCCGCACCUUCCGGCGAGACCAAACGAGCUCGUGAGAAGUCUCCUGAGCCUGAAGUCCCCGUCACACCUGCCGAAACAACUCCAGCACCUUCUGCCAAGCCAGGAAAGAAGGAGAAGAGGGAUCUCACUUUCAAAGAAGAUCCCUUGUCUUACGUCAGCCCCGAACACGAAGAAGUGAAGAGUAUUAUUGAACGGUUCAAGUUCAAAGAUACGUUCCCUCGAGACAACCUGAUGGUCAGAAAUGAAUACGGAGAUCCAUUGAGGACUAUUUAUAUGACUAAUGACAUUGUCAAGGAAAUUAUUCAAAACAACGAUUACACCCGAAUACGAGUCGUAUCUGCCGGGGUCAAGUGUUUCGCUAGACAAGAUUCUUCCCAGCGCACGGAGAUCAGAUGUAAAUGGCGUACACCGAUUGAUGGUAUUUUGGAAGUUUUACCGCAUGUAGGAGAAGACAUCGUGAUUUCAGCGACCAUACGAGAAUUAAGAACUUUAUUAGAGGAUCAUUAUCCUGCUUUGGAGAAAUUUGCCGAAGGACCUUGGAAAACAUUGAUGACCGAAAGAGACAUGGGUUGUGAAAUCGUUAAAUUCGAAGCUGGAAGCACAGCCGGCGGUGAACUAAGAUUACCAAUGUAUCUCCCUGUAUGGAAAGCUAAAAUGAGUCUGAGUUUGAUGAUCGAUAAACGUGAAAAGAGUAUCCUUUCAUUGAGAACCUUUGGAGAAGAUAUAUGUAAGCCACCACCAGUCCAGAAACCUCAACAGGAUAAAUUGGAUGCUCAAAAACAAGCUGAAGAAAUAGUGGAAGAAGUGCCAGUGAUUGAAGGUGAAGGAGAAGGUGGAAUUGCUUUGGCUGGAGAAGCUGCCGAGGAGGAUGCUGUGAAUGUUUAG